UAGUCGGCAGGCCAUUUCAUUGUAUCUUGUUUUUGCGUGGUCUGGUCAGUGGUGUUAGAAAUAAAAUUCAUGAUAACCUUCCAAAUAUUAUAAAACAUGCAUAAACACUUUGUUCUCCUCACGAUUAUGCUCCCAAAUGUAUGAAAUUAAAUCAUUCUGACGUUUAUUUCAAUGGUUAUUAUUGGUGAACAACUGCAGUUAUAAAACACGCUGGCUUCUGGUUUACGUGAUUCCGGCCAAUCAGAAGGCAGCAUUUACGGGCUCGUUCGCGAUUGACUUCUACGCCAUGUACGUUGACAACCAAGAUGGCGACCGACGCUGCGGCUGCUGGUUCGUCAGCAGGUUCAGAAUUAAAGUGUUUUAUUCACUUCGAAAAUACUUCUGAUGAUAUAAACGCAUUUAAUGCAACAACUUGGGCGAAAUCUUUGACUAGUGCUGCGAUUUGGAAGAAUUCUGACGGCAAAAAGGCCAACAUUGCAUCAGCUUUUCUUGCACUAAUCGACAGCGACAGCGUUGAUGAAAUUCCACAACAAGCUGGUUUUCAUCGGAAAUGCUACCAGCAAUUUACAGAUAAAACAAAGGUUGAGCAAGCUAAAAGAAAGCAGAAGAAAGCAGAACUGGAAGAUGAAGAUUCAUCAGAAGAACCAGAGCAGAAGAAGCCACGAAGAGAACUACGAUCCAGAAUGGCAGCCACCAGUUCCCGUCGUUCUAUGCAUGUACUCCCAGCAGAGUGUAUCAUCUGUCAGAAGAGUGGACGGUUGGAUGUAAAGAAGAAAGGAAAGCGUGUGAAGGAGCCACUUUCCAACUGUGAGAUAGUCAAUGGAGGGCGAAUUCUAGAGCAGGCUAUCAACGAGCAAAAUACUCGCAUCUUACGCCUCAUCCAACAUCAAGAUUGUGUUGCCAUAGAAGUCAAGUACCAUGCAACGUGUUACCUGAAUUACACGCGACCUUUGACAAGGAAAGGAAACAAGCAGCAGCAUGACAGGCACUACACUGAGUCAUUUAAGAAGUUCUGUAAGGAUGUAGUGGAGGAAAAGCUGAUUAAGGAGGAGAAGGCAUGGGAGUUGGUCGCGCUCAAGAAAAAAUUUGUCCAAGUUGUAGCCGAAGUUGAGAAGGUGGAUGCCAGUUCGUAUAAGACAAACAGUUUGAAGGGUCGACUACAAAGUACAUACCCAUGUCUAAGAUUUGCAAGACCGAAGAAUCCUAAUGAGAGCGACAUUGUGUAUGCUAAGCAGCUUUCGGCAGAGACCCUUUUUGCUAACAGCAGGGCUUCUGUUGAUGGACCGUCUGGUACUGACAUCAGCACAGACUCGGAGGAAGAUGAAGGCUUUGUUUUACAACGAAGUAGAGCAACAGGAUCCACUCUGACAGAGAUGUACAACAGCGCCAUAUAUUUGAAGAAAGAAAUUGAAGAUAUACCAACACAAACUAUGCCAUGGCCACCAGACUCAACACAUCUGACACUGGACAAGGCAGAGAAGAUCGUUCCAACUAAGCUCUACAACUUCCUCUCAUGGAUGGUUGGUUUCAAUGAAGAUCCUGAAGGCGAUAAGUUUGUAACACUGCCAGAAGAGCAACAUAGACGGAUAUUGUCCCUGUCGCAGGAUAUCAUAUAUCUUACUUCAAAGGGAAGGAAGGCAAUGCCAAAGCAAACAUCACUCGCCAUGGCUGUUCGCCACAUCACUGGGUCAGCACAACUGAUUGGGCUUCUAAAUGGCUUCGGACAUGCCACGUCCCACACCAAGGUCCUCGAGCAUGAUACUGCGCUGGCCAAGAAGGAGAUUCAAAAUGGCGAAAACAAAGUACCAUCUUGUCUGCAAGAAGGAGUUUACACCACACUGGUGUGGGACAAUAAUGACUUUGGUGAGGAGACACUUUCGGGGAGAGGCACAACCCACAACACUAACGGGAUUGCCAUUCAGCAUAAGCCAGCUCCAAUAGAUCAACCACCAGAGACAUCUGUUUCAGUCAAGAAGACAAAAGAACGAACACUCAAAGCACCAGAAGAGGUACUUGUGCCAUUUUUUGGUACCAAGAAGGCCAAUCCGCCACCACUAGGACGUGAACUGAAGCUUCAAAAGGAAGAGCCUGAGUACUCCAAACCGAUCCAGGCUGCAAGACGUAUAGACAAGGGCUACUUUAUCACCAAGUAUCCUGUACCAGACAGUAGCCGCCUUCUGCCAGGAUGGACUGGAUAUAAUCAGAUGCUUGUCAAAAGCAUUCCACCAAAGGCAACCGUAGCUUAUCUUUCAGUCAUCGACGCCUCACCCACACAAAUGAAUGCUGUCAACACUGUGCUUCAUCGAAGUAUUGACAUCGCUGACUCGUUGAAGUUAGACUCUGUCGUUGUUGUGGUAGACCAGGCAAUAUAUGCUAAGGCGCAGUCCAUACGGUGGCAAACUCCAAUCUUCCAGAAACGAAUAGUACUGCGGCUUGGAGCAUUCCAUACUGCCAUGACAAUGCUGGCCUGUAUUGGGACAAGAUUUAGAGAUGCCGGACUGGAGGAUAUCCUCAUCGAAUCUGAGGUGCUUGCUGGUGGGUCAGUCAAUGGAGUCAUGACAGGACGACAGUACAACAGAAGCAUCAGGUGCCACAAACUUAUGGCUGAGGCACUUCAUCGAAUGCGUUGGAAGACAUUUCUAGAGUCCCUGCCUGAAGAGGAAGCUGGUGAGUAUACAGAUGUCAUCAAGAAUCUCCGCAGUGCUUUUCCAUACCAGGCACACAUAGACUUGAUUGAUGAUACCACAUUUGGCAGAUUGACAGCAGCAUAUGACCUGUAUGUGUCCGAGAUGGCAAAGUCAAAUCCAACCUUUGCAUUUUGGUGCUCAUACUUGUCAAUGGUGGACACGCUCCUGCAGUUUACACGAAGCUCCAGAGAGGGAAAUUGGCAACUGCAUCUAGCAUCCAUCCGAUUCAUGAUGCCAUGGCUGUUCAGCUAUAAUCGGACAAACUAUGCACGCUACUUGCCAGUCUAUUGGAUGGAGAUGCAGGAACUACCAAGCACGCAUCCUACCAUUUAUGCUGAGUUCCAGCAAGGCCACUUUGCAGUGCAGCGACAAAAUGAGUAUGGAUUCUCUGGCGUACCAUGUGACCAAACAAUAGAGCAGACAGUCAACAAAGACUCCAAAACAAGAGGAGGCCUUAAGGGAUUUACCGUCAACAAAGGCGCUGUGAACAGAUGGACGGCAGGACACCAUGAGCGAGCAGCCAUUAUGAGGCAAGUUGAGGAGAUGGCAGGAAAGGGUCAAAGGUCAUGCUUCCGCAAGGACCUCACAGAGAGCCGCAUGAAGCGAGAUGAAUCAGAUGUGGAGUCCAUCAUCGACACCAUCUCAAGUCUCACUAAUCCAUUUGAAGAGGCAACUUCAACUGAUAUAGUUCAUCUUGCUUCUGGUGUUCUUGCAUCAUCAGAUAUAACUAGGGAUCUGUUGGCGGCAGAAGAAAAGGGUGAUGCAAGCUUCAUGCAGUACUGCCAGGAAAGACUGCAAAAGGAAGACAAGGCCUUUACAGACACAAUACGUAGAUCAACGCUAAAGACUUUCAGCAAUAUGAUGAAGAAAUCAGUGUCUAACAUUAAAGGGAAGGAGAUGGUGCUGAAGAGCGACCGAGAUCUGUUCGCCCGCCUUGUCAUCAUAGGGAAAAGGAGACAGGUCGACUUGCGUAAUAUGAUGACCUAUUCACUUGGGCCAUUGCCACUGUCCAUCGCCAAAGCUGAUGGCUCGCUAAUGAAAACCAACAAGGCCAAACUCCUGCACGUGUUAGAAGAUCUGCACAUGCCUACAGCACCUGAAGAAGGUCACACCAGAGUUCCUCCUCAACCUCCAAAAGGUGGCAUAUGGAUCGUAGAUGCUAUGGCCCUUCUUCAAAUGAUGAAGAACAUUCCAAAGACAUUUGGUGAAGUGGCGAUGAGAGUGUUCAAGCAGCUUAUGAACUUAACACUUGAGACUCAGACCAAGUCCAUCCAUUUCGUUACUGAUACGUACCCUGACGUAAGCAUAAAAAAUGCAGAGAGGACAAGACGGGCGACAACUGGAUCUCAAAGAGUCCGCAUCAGAAAGCCAGAUCAGAACACACCAAAGCAGUGGAAGAAGUUCCUUGCCAACAGCCAUAACAAGCAAGAACUGAUCAGCUUUCUAUUUACAGAGUGGCAGAACUAUGAUGCUUACAAGCUGAAAGGUGUGCAGUUGGUAGUGGCACAUGAAGACAAAUGCCAUACAAUAGCGGCAGAUGUCAACGGAGCUGUGACGUGUUCGCAAGUCGACAGUCUUUGUUGCAACCAUGAGGAGGCAGAUACCCGCAUGCUAUUGCAUGCGAAGUAUAUUGGAGAAACUUCGAAUGCCACCCCAGUCAUCAUCAAGUCCCCAGACACAGAUGUUUUUGUUCUGGCAGUAGCACAUGCUAAGGAGAUUACUUCACCUCUUUAUUUUCAUACAGGCAGAGAUGACAAGAAGAGAACUAUCGCUAUAAGCCCCAUUCAACAAGAACUUGGAGAAUCAUUGACAAGUGCUCUGAUUGGUUUCCAUGCGUUCACUGGCUGCGAUUCCGUCAGCUCGUUCUAUGGAAAAGGGAAGACAAAGGCCUUUUCAUUACUGAAGAAAUUUCCAGCACAUGUGGAGACAUUCAAGCAACUUGGCGAUUCUCUUGACGUCCCUGCAGAAGUAUAUGAUGGACUGGAAAGAUUUGUUUGUCACCUGUAUGGUCAUAAGGAUGUACCUAGUGUCAAUGAAAUCCGGUACAUCAUGCUCAAGACUGCAACCAGAAGUGAAAUUGUAAUGCCACCAAACCAGGAUUCACUGCAGAAACACAUCCAGAGGGCCAGUUUUCAGGCAAGCAUCUUCAAAAAGAGCCUUGUUCAAGACCAAGAUCUGCCAUCGCCAGUCAACCAUGGAUGGAAAAUUGAGGAUAGUGAGCUUGCCAUUGACUGGAUGGAUCUGGCACCAGCACCAGAAAGUGUUCUCGAACUGGCAUUCUGCAAGUGUACGCGCUCAAAAUGCAAGGCAGAAGAUGCUGACGAUGGAUGCUGUUCUAAUCUUGGCCUUCAGUGUACAGACCUAUGCCAAUGCAAAAACUGUGACAACUUGGAACCUCUGAUAGCUGACGAAGAUGCAAAUAAUCCAGCAAGUGAUUCUGAUGAUGAGGAAGGAGAAGAUGAUUUUGAUGAGGAGGAACACUAUUAAAGAGCUGUUGAUCUCGGUUUAUCCUGAUCAUUCUUCUGCGAGGACUGGUGUCUCAGAAGGAACACGCACAGGGGAACAGCUUCUGCUCUUCCGGCUUGUCGGUCUUCUUGGUGACUUUCCCGAAGCAAACUGUUGGAUGAACGUGGGGACCAUCAUGAACUUUUUGGUAAACUAGUCGAGGUUUAGGAAAACAUUUCAUUGUCCCUCAGCCAAAUUUUGGAGACCAUCAAUAUCUUUAAAACUAUGGUAGCUUUCUUGAUUUGGCCUCCCUUUUGAAAUUAUUGUGUUUUUUAUUCAUUUUUUUUCUGAAAAAUUGUCAAUUUUUUUGAUUGGCCAUAUCCCAUUAACUAAGGUACCUAGCAAAAAAGAAUCAUAAGGAUAAAGGUCAUCAUCCAAUAUUGAUGUGUACCAAAUUUGAAACAAAUCUGAAAAAAAAUAAACAAAUGCAUAAACUUUGAAAAACUUUGAAAAAUUGCUCUAAAAUAUGGGCGGAAAUGACCUUUUGACCUUGACCUUUGACCUUCAUUUUCCCUCCAUUUUUGGAAGCGCCAAUUAUUCUUAUAUAAGUGUGCAAGGUCACAAUGUUGUAUGACAAAUGAUUGAUUUUUAAUGAUUUUUUAAAGUGAUUUUGGACAUUAAAUGUAGAGGGCUCCCUCUCUUGUUCAAAUGCCAUUUCACUAAUUAGCUGAUUAUCUCAUUAAUGGGAUCAUAUUUUUUCGGAGAACAAAAUGUUUUUUUCUUCAAUAGCAACCAUACAACGAAUUUAUAAUGUUAUAUUCUAACACCAGUCAUCAGACCACGCAACUUUUUAAAGGAAGCCUUAACAUUGGUAUGGCCUACAGUCU